AUGAAAAAAGAAUAUGGACUCUACCAGUAUUACAUCACAACUUCAACAACAACCGAGAGCCCAUAUGAUAGAGGAGCUAACCGAUUUGAGGAUGUUGAGCUCGAUGAUACUGCUCCUCUUCCACUUUUCAUUGGAAUUGGGUUAGCUCUCUUUAUUGGAUUUGUAAUAUUGGUGCUAAUCUGCUGUUUCUGUCGCCGCCGCCGUGUCCCAUCGGCAGCUCCUCCAGACCGGCCAAUCAAUGCCUCACAUUAUCAGCGAGCUCCAGUGGCUGAUGGGAUAGGAGUUGGGGUAGCGUACCCUUUGUCGUCGGUGCCAACCAUGCCCUACCCAAAUUCUUCAGUGGUGUACCCACCUCCUCACAUGGGGCCCAUGAUCCAGCACAACUAUGGGGUGAUUGGAGCAGGUGUCAACUACAAUGGUGCCAACCAUUACCCUCAACAACCACCACAUUUUGGAGGUGUUCCUGCCUACCCUCCCAACCAUUAUAUGGCCACCCUCCCAAUGGCCCCUCAUACCACUCCUCUCCAGUCACACUCCCCCUCGCAUUCUAGUCAAGCCUCCUCCUCAGUUUCUGGGGCGACGGCCGAUCCACUGGUCCCCUCACCUUCACCCUUUUUACAGCUACAGCAGCAGCAGCACCUACAGCAGCAACUGCAGCAGCACCAUCACCACCCGCAACAGCUGCAUCAGUUUCCACACCAGCAGCAUAUAUCCCCGGCCGUAGCUUUUCAGCAUCACCAACAUAUGCAACAACAGUUCCUGGGCGGGCGCCAGUCUCCAGCACUGCAGUACUCACAGAUAACUUACUCUACUGUGUCACUCAACGAACACAAUGCCCCACCUAAGACAGACUGUGUGGCUACAACAGCACCAACAGUGACUUCCUCUCAGAUAAAUCGUCCACAGGUUAACCACCAGCCUCCUCAAGUGGUAGACCAGUCAGCUGCUAACUACAAAGAGAAAGAUGAAGAAUAA